CAUAGGCCCGUGAUCCGUUGUCGUGUUCACACAGCCAAUUUUGUGCAAAAGCCAAGAGAUCAGACUGCAAGGACAGUUUGGACAGUAAUAGGAAUAGCGAGGAGGAAUAACUACUAGAGAUGAUCUUGCUUGGGACAGUGCGGACGCUACUAGGAAUACCGAAGAGGAUGUGCAGAUGAGAAUCGGUCCUGGUCUAACCUGAACAGUCUUUGUGAUUUUUUCGUUGAAUAUAUCAAUCUACACCUAGAAGGCUCCUAGUCCUAGUAUAUCGUGCGGUACAAACACAGAAUCGUCUGUCGUACGCCCUUACCUCUACGUAUCUUCGAGAACACGGAAGGAAAAGCCGCUUCCUAUUCGUACUGGUUUGAAAUCACCUAGUGUACGACGUAGUCAUAGUACUAUCGUUCACAACUUCAAUGUCGUUCAUCAGCCUGGCAUGUCGUUCAUACAUUUUUCGUGGCAUUACAUCGUCCAAUAUUUCGCUUUACUCCUCUCAAUCUUCGAAGCAGCAGCCUCAAUUCUAGUCCAAGUAUAAUGACCCCGUUGAUGAGCAUGAUCACCCUAGCAAUGAAAGCAUAUGACAAACAUUUUUCUAAAAAAGUUCCACAAAUUCUCCCCUCGUAAGUUUUACUGCAUGAACCUGUGGUUGCAUUUGCAUAUCGUUCGCCCUCAGUUGUAAGUAGUUCUACGACCAAGUUCGAUUCCAAAGCUUCGUGUCACCUUCAUGUUGCACGAGGUCUCGUCGUGCAAGUUCAGCCUACCACGAGGACCGUGGCAAGAAGAACUGCAGUGUAGCUGGUGACUUCCAUUUUCUCUCCGUUUCCGCUGCUGCCAUAGCAAUUGUCGUCGUCGUGCUUCUUUACAAGUACAAUUCCUCGGCGCUGGUAUCAUGCCGUUGAAGCAGCAAGCCAAACAGCUGGAUGUCCGCGGGAUCCGCGGGCGGCAGGGCAAUCAGCCGUUCCCAACGGACACCCGGGAUUUGGACAACCUGUUCGAGUUUUACGACCGCGACAACAGCGGCGCGCUUUCCGUGGACGAGUUUGUGGAUCUAUUGAACGACUGGCGGACGCAGAAGGGAAGAAUUACCAAACGGCAAGUGCUCGAGUUUAUGGAAUGGAUUGACGAUGACAACAACCGCGAGGUGGAUCGGCGGGAGUUUAAAGAUUUCUUCCUACAAGCGGUCUACGUUCAGGAACUGAUGGAGGCCAUGAACUCCGCCGGGGCAAAAAUGAACGUGCAGCGAACAUGCAUGGUAAGUAUACUAGACAGAGUUACUUACGUAAACAUGCAUUUACAUACUAGUUAUAGAUGAGUUCUUGCAGUUGCAGCCGGCGAUGCCGAUGAUAGUACGUGCGGAUGGCAACAUCUAGCAUAGCAGUCGUGCUCUUUACGUCGUCUUGGUCUCAUUAGUAUUCUUUAGAGGAGCUAUGCUAGAGUUAGAGGAGCCAAUCAUAAUGGGAUCAUCCUCUUCCUCGGUAGAAAGGCUGCGUUCCAUGCUCGGCACUCGAUCCAAAAAGUUCGAUCCUAAGCGAAAAAUUAAAGCAUGGAAAUGAUCGCAAUCUAGGGCGACUACGCACGGUUCCUAGGUCUUCCAGAAUGAGUAAGUAUUAAAGACUACCCAGUUCUACUUUCCAAAUGAAAAAUUGAAAUUACGACAGAUGGGCUAUGGCGUUCUCAAACGUUACAUUCUCAACUGUUACAUGAAUUUGCCAUGCAAAAGCGCCUUCAGCUGGCAGAUGAUCGAGCUGCUUCGCAUGACAAAUUUCGGAAGGGCUAAACAGCAUCUAAAUCUGCGCCAAACUUGUAAUGCAAGAGGCGCAAUCUUCCUCCUUUCACUUUUGCCAGUCUUGCAUUACAAAUUCAUGUAACAGUUGAGAAUGUAACAUUUGAGAACUCCAUAUGGGCUACUUCUUCGGGCUGAUCUUCAUGUGGUGCUUUUUCCUGUUCCAGUUCUUUCAGAAUCGCGAGGUAAGUUUUUUUUCGAAUGAAUGGAUCGGAACUCCAUAAGGUAGAGGGGCCUUAUUUUCCAAGAUGCACUUGAACAUCCUCAUCCCCCGCACGAUAAUGAUGAGACUACUUCUUGGCUGUGGAUCUGCAACGACGGCGGUUCCUGUCUUGAAGAAACACUACUUUCGCGAAUCUCGUUAAUCUGAUACAGUGCGGGGGAUGAUUUUUCUUUUUGCAGAAUGUGCAUUUUGUCGACGACUGUUAGUUACCGACCACACGUUUGUUGUGCUACGGUUACCGACAACGGUCGUGUAAAAACAAUUCAAAAAUUAUUAUCGAACAACCAGGACGGGCAAUCUGGGAUGGGUUUUUCCACGAUCGGUCUGCUUCUCACGUCCAUUUUCCUGGGCCUCGGAAUCGUGGGCCUCCUCUGUGUGCCGAUUUAUCACAUGAACAAAGACAAACUGCCGGAUUUCACCUCCGCCACGGCCGUAGCGCUAAUGCAGGGGCGGCGCAAGGACGUGCAGGCCGCCAUAGACGCCCGGAACGCGCAGCCGAAGGGCCCCAAGGCCAGGUACGAGGCCGAGCAGGCCGCGCUGAGCCAGGCGGAGAAGGACCAGAUGAACAAGCCGAAAUUUCAGGCGCCCAUCGUCCGAGACCCGGAGAGCGGGAAAAACAUAGUCACCUCGGAGCAGAUCGCCGACGCGUUCGAGACCCACCAGCAGACCACGCCCGUGCACACGGGCCCCACGGUGGCCAGCGAAAACGACAAGUUGAACUGCAGUUACCGGAUCAGCAAACUGCGACCGGUUUUGAAGGAGGACAGCCGGGGGGACCUGGAGGAGUACUACCGCGAGCAGGCGGCCUACGACCAGUCGCCGACGUCCGUGCCCAUCGACCGGCCGGAGGACGAGCACGUGGAGGACCCUAUGGCGCACUACGCGCUAGCGGUAGUCGUGCCGGAGUCGGCGCGCGGCGCGGCCAACCGCCCGCAAACGGCCCCCGGGGGGAGCCAGAUUAUGCGGCACGGCGGUGUUCCUGGUACGAUGUCCGGGGCGCAAACCCCACGAGACGGGCACCCGAGGCCAAUCACGCCCGGGGGUGGCAGUCGGCGCGGGACGGGGUUGCGGUCCGGCCACGGGACGCCGCGCAGUCGCGCGAGCACGCCACGAAGUCAGUACAGCGUGGGCGGGACACGACGCGGCGGGUCGCAACAGAACCGAACCCGGCCGCGGACCGCACCGGAGUUCGACGGGUUUUACAGCAACUCGGUGUCCCCCGAUAUGAGCAUGACCCUACCGUCGAGAUUCGGAUCACAGGAUACGCUGAACCUGGGGCGGUCAUUGCCGACGGACUUUGGUCGUCGGCCGCCGACCGGGUCGCUGUGGGCGGAUAUACCAGGCUACGCGGAUGCGCAAAACGACUUCAUGCAGACCCUGCCUUCCGGAAGGCCAAUCUCCAUGCAGAGCAACCCAGAAAAGUACGUUUCGAUUUUCAGGCAUGAGAAAAACAAUUUAUGAAGUCGCUGUCUUGCAAGCAGAAUCACUUCGACAAUUUACUGUGAUGACCCAAUUGGUAAAUUCUGACACCUCUAUUGGGAGGAGCCUGCUGGGCUCCGAUGCCAAAGAGAAACCUCUUAAGUUAUCCCUGUCUGAUGCAACAUGUCGACCUUGCGUAAAGAUCAAAUUAAUCGAGCGGUCGCGGGUGCCGCGUGAUAAAUUCGCAACGCCCACUUCAUAGUUGGAAUUCACCGUCGAAAACGAAAGCGACAAUUUCAUAUUCAAAUUCAACAGAUACCAUGCGGAUCAAUACGAGGAAAGAAGGAGAUCACAGGUCCAGACGCCCCAAAGCCACUGGUUCAACUCCCUCGUCGUGCCGGAUACACUGUACCAGCCUUUUUUUCGCUGAUUUUUAGCAGCAAUCAACACCUGAAACAAAUCUGUGAGACGAGCGCCUGAUGAGCGGGCGUUUUUUGUCGCGUGCUGACACGCACGUUCAAGACAGGAAUAAUUUUGUCCCGGUUGGAUCUCAACAGGAACUUCCUGGAUGCCAUGCUGCGCACAACUCUCACUUUCCUCUUGCGCAGCGAUGCCGAGUGUUCCUGAGCACCGGCUUCUGAGUUACUUCAGAAAGCCUGUGGUGUCGCAGGUUCGGCAACAUCCUAGAGCAAAGAGUGGCGCUGGUCGAGUGCAAGCUGGAUUCACUUUCAGUUUGCGCUCCUAGCAAAUCACUCUGGCUUCAUAUUCCUUGUCGCGGUAGGAGCACGUGCCUGAUUUUUCUGCCAUCUGAGGCUACAGAAUCUUGCACUGUAGGGUCGCUUUGCGGCCAAACUCCCGGGUCAAACCAUGGAGCACACACAUUUUCUAGGUUUUCGCUAUCUUCUCUGAGCAACAUGGCGGUGCCGCGUUGUGGCAUCGAUUAGUUCGUUGUACAUGCUUUAUUUGGAGUACAAACUUAUGUGGCACAUUUCAUGAUGACAACCUUUGAGAACAGCGUUUUACCGUUUCUCAAACAUUCGCAGUAAGUGUCCUACUAAGCGGCUUGAUCUUGUUUACAACGAUCAGGCUGCGUAUGCUGGACAAACUUCCUUAGAUGUCUGACAGAAAAUACCUACGCAGAAAAAAACCAACGCGCAAUGACAUACCCAUAUGACUGCGAUCAUGUAAGUACUAAUCCGCUUGAUCUUGCAUGUAUGUGUAGGGAAGAUCUUUACUAUCGUUGUAUGUUGCCCUUGUUGCAUGACAAGCUCACUUCUAAACACACUACACAGGCGGUCGGACUGGAAGACGAUCAGCAGGGAAAGAAUCCACGGAAACUGGAACAACUGAUGACAACUUCUCAUGCGCGUCGUCAGAUCCACCACUCUUUUUUUGCCGUGCGUUCUGCACAGCAAAUACCCGGUGGAAUUGAUGACAAACAUACUAUCCAUUAAAUCCAAGUGUCUGAAGAUCCGAAGUCCGAACCAUAGCUCGAUCCUGCUGUAUUGAAUCAAGUACACUAGUAGUAGAACAAGUAGUCUCUGGUUGUACGACCUCGUCGUCCUACAGAAAUUCGCAUCUGUUGUGUAGGUAUGCUGACUACCGCCAGUAGUUUUCAUUCUACCCAUGAUUCCUUCGUUUCCCCAUUCCAAUUUCUUCUACCCACGAUUCUCAUUCUUUCCGUGAAGAGGUCUUUGUCGAGAUGAACAGUGGUUCUGGUUCUUCCGGCAGGAUAAUCACGAGCCCUCCCAAUGCGCGAAUAGUUCGACAGUUUGAUUUCUGCAAUUCCAAUUCUAUGCCGUCU